UGAGAAUCAACGAGACGAGCACCAUGUGAUGAUCAUAUACACCCUUAUUUUGAGAUUCGUUUUCGAUCGAAAGUUAUUUGAAUUCGAGAUUUUAUUUUGAGAUUCGAUCGAUUCGAAAGUUUGCUGACCCGCGUUAUCGUAAAGUUAAGAACUUUGCGAUUGAACACUUUAAAAAAUAGAACUUGGACGCCUUGUUUAUAGCGACCAAUGCUCCUGGGCGGAGCGCAUAUAACCGAGUUGAGCGUCAGAUGGCUCCCCUCAGCAAACGACUGGCAGGCGUCAUUUUGCCUCAUGAACAUUUUGGUUCUUAUCUCGACGACAAAGGAAUGACUACGGAUGAUGAUUUGGAAAAACGCAACUUUCAGCACGCUGGGGAAACACUUGCAGAAGUGUGGAGAGAAAUAAAAAUUCAUAAUUACGACGUUUCGGCGGACUAUAGACAGCCCGAAGAUAACAUGCAAGAUUCAGCAGAUCCAAAUCUGGCGUGGUAUAGCGUUGACGUCCGUGAAUCGCAAUAUUUCUUACAGGUUAUAAAAUGCGCGGAUGAAUCCUGCUGUUCAACACCGAGAAGUGCAUUGAAAUCUGUGUUUGCGGAUACUUUCAUGCCUCCACCUUGCCCAAUAUUUCAAACUCCAAGCAAGCUCGUAGUACCCAGUUUACUAGACAAAGGAACAUCCAAGUGUUGCGGAUUAAAAAUCUCGUUGUUUUAUUUAAUAUUAUUACCGUGAAGGCAAUUAAAACUAUACCAAGGAUAAAAUC